AUGAGUGAUAAGAGUUGGAUUUCCGAUGAGAGCUCAACUUCAGAUUUAAAUAUAAGCAGAAGUCGCAGGAGUUUAUCACAUUCCAGUAAUUAUUCACAACAUUCUUCACAUUCCUCAUCAUAUAGGCAUAGUUCAAAUAGACCAAAUAGGUCACCUUAUAGAGAUAAAUCGUCAAAUAGAGAUCGGUAUACCCAUAGAGACCGAAAUUCAUAUAGAGAUCGAUCCAUUCAUAGGGAUAGACACUAUAGAGAUAGAUCAUACAGAAAUAGAUCGCAGAGGGAUAAACCAUAUAGAGAUAGAUCAUAUGGGAGCAGUAGACGUAGUAACAGUAUAGUAAAUAGAAGUAGGAGAAGUAAUAGUAAUCAUAAAUAUAGUCAAAAAAUAGUUGAAAAUAAACAUUAUAGAUCCUAUUCACCACAUCACACUCAUCGGCACCCGUCACAUACACUAAAGGAUGAAGAAAAGGAUACAAAGAAGAGAAAAUAUUAUUAUGAAAAGAAGCCAAUCUCAAAUUCACCUGAGGAAGGAGAAAUUGAGGAAGUGGUACUAGAAGAGGAAGACGAAGACUUGGACAAAUUUCUCGAAUCAAGACGUAAAGAACGACAUAAACUCAUUUUAAAACAUUCUAUCCAAACUGAUAAUUCAUCUGAUACCGCCAACACGACUGACCUGCUAGAUAAUAAUACUCCACAAGAUUCCUUAAAAAAUGAAAAUUUGAAUAAAGAAAACAAAGAAAUUGAACCGGAAGAGGUGAAGGAUAAAAAAUGUAUAAAUCCAUUUUCACUGUUAAUUUCACAUCUUACACACGUCACUGAUAAUACUCCAACCCCAAAUACUGAACCUGAAGAUAAUAAAGAGUUAAAUUCUGUGAAUUCCGAAACACCAGGACAAACGGCAAGCGCUGAAACGGGAAUAGAUAGCGUAAAAGAAGAGUUGGAGGAUGAUAUAUCACCAAUAUCACAAACAGUAUCAGAAUCGCCAAAUAAAGAUAUGACACCAACAAAUUGUGACGAGACAACUUCUAGUACAAACGUGUAUUCAGAUUUACAGAAGAAAUUGUUACUAGAAAAGCAGAAAUUGCGUAGUUUUAUCAUUAAUAUGAAGAGAUCUGAACAGGAUGAGGUGGAAGAGGAAGUUUUAGAGGAGGAGGAAGAUGACAUGGACAUGUUUUCUACAAAUGUUGAUGAGAGUGCUGUGAAAAAGAGAAAAGUAGUUCGUCGAGUUAUUACCAACAAGUUGGAGAACCGUUCACUAGCUGAAAAUUGGAACGAUUCUGAAGGAUAUUAUCAGGCUAUGAUUGGUGAAGUGAUGAAUGACCGUUACAGUGUGAUAAGUGAAUUGGCGGGCAAGGGAGUUUUCUCAUCAGUCUUGAAGUGUUAUGACUCAGUAGAGAAUAGGAAUGUGGCAAUAAAGGUUAUCAGGAAUAAUGAUAUGAUGAUAAAGGCAGCGGAGAAGGAAAUGGACAUUCUACGCCGCCUCAACGAAACUGACAAGGAAGAUAAAAAGCAUAUAGUCCAGCUCUUAACAUCAUUUCGAUACAGAGGACAUUUAUGUAUGGUCUUUAAUUGGUAUUGGGGAAACCUAAGAUCACAUCUCAAAAUGAAUGGGAAAGGAUAUGGAUUGAAUAUAUCAUAUAUACACUCAUAUACAAGACAAUUAUUCAUAGCAUUAAGACAUAUGAAAAAAAAUAAAAUUAUGCACGCAGAUUUGAAACCGGAUAAUAUAUUAGUGAAUGAUGAUUAUAAUAAAGUGAAGAUUUGUGAUCUGGGAUCGGCAAGUGAUGAGUCGGAAAAUGACAUCACUUCUUACUUGGUCAGUCGCUUCUACAGAGCGCCUGAAAUCAUACUUGGCUGUAGAUAUAACUGCAAAAUUGAUGUUUGGAGUGCUGCCGCUACCAUUUAUGAAUUAGCAACAGGAGAUAUACUCUUUCCGGGCCGUAAUAAUAACCACAUGCUGAAGUUAAUGAUGGAGUUCAAGGGGAAAAUCCCAAGUAAGAUGAUAAGAGCAGGACAAUUCUCAACAAACCACUUUGAUGAGAAUUUAGACUUCGUAUACACGUCAACAGACCCACUCACAAAGACGACAGUGACGAGAGUAAUACAGGACCUCAGACCGACCAGGAACAUCACAGACGCAAUCUUCGAAAGACAGCCAUGGACAAAAGCAAACUCACCCAAAAAAGAUGUACUCAUCAAAAAAAUAAGACAACUAGGAGAAUUGCUGGAAAAAUGCCUGACACUGGACCCAAACAAACGCUUCUCACCAGACGACGCACUUCAACACCCAUUUAUACGCAGCUAA